CGACCAAUCACGUUCGCAAAGACAGGUUUUUUGAAAACGUUGGCGGCGGAGGAAGAAGUUUUAAAUAAAAAGACUGGACCUUCCACGCUGUAACGUUAACAGCAAAUUUCUUCGCAAAGAUGCAGAAUAAGGAAAAUUAUGAGCCCAGGGCUUUUCAAAGACCGUUUGCAACUCCAAACAUGCCGCCAGGCCCACAGCGUGUUCAGAUGAAGCCACGAGCUGAUACAGGUGCCGUUGGCUCAUCCACCGGCUUAGUUUCAAAGAAAGUUACUAUUGAUGAUUUCGACAUUGGUCGGCCACUUGGAAGGGGCAAGUUUGGCAAUGUCUACCUUGCAAGGGUGAAACAGCUGCAAGCAAUUGUGGCGCUGAAGGUGCUGUUCAAGUCACAAAUGGAGAAGGAAGGUGUGGAGCAUCAACUCAGGAGGGAGAUUGAGAUUCAGUCACAUCUUAAGCACCCCAACAUCCUGCGCUUCUACAAUUACUUCCAUGACCGCACCAGAGUGUUCUUAGUGCUUGAGUAUGCCCCACGUGGUGAAAUGUACAAAGAGCUACAGAGAUGUGGAAGAUUUGAUGACCAGCGUACUGCCACAUACAUGGAGGAGAUAUCUGAUGCUCUUAUCUACUGCCAUGAGAAGAAAGUGAUUCAUCGUGACAUCAAGCCAGAGAAUCUGCUCCUCGGCUAUCGUGGAGAACUCAAGAUUGCUGAUUUUGGUUGGUCCGUCCAUGCACCUUCUCUAAGACGCCGCACUAUGUGCGGGACACUGGACUACCUCCCCCCAGAGAUGGUUGAGGGAAACACCCACAGUGAGAAGGUGGACCUGUGGUGCAUCGGGGUCCUCUGCUACGAAUGCUUAGUCGGCCACCCUCCAUUUGAAAGUGCCAGCCAUUCAGAAACAUACAAAAGAAUUAUGAAGGUUGAUUUGUCGUUCCCUGCAAAUGUCUCUUCUGGUGCACGGGACCUGAUCUCCAAGCUGCUUCGCCACAACCCCACAGAUCGCCUCUCACUUAAAAGCGUCAUCGACCACCCAUGGGUGCGCACCAACUCUCGCCGGCUCUUGCCUCCAACCUGCCCAACCAAGAAAUCCUGAGCCCACCUGUCGAGCAUUCUCACACCGCUCUGUGGGAGCUUUUAUCUGUCCUCCACAAAAGACUCUAGCCCAGCAUGUAUUGGUUUCACAGCCAUGGGCUUCAGACUGCCAUUAUUAUUUCACACGUUUUAUAAUGGGUGUAUAUUAGAGGGUACCGUUUAUUAUUACAUAUAUGAUAAAGAUAAGCAUUUGAGAAGCUGGAACCAGAAAUUGUGAAAAUACUUCACUUCUUUUGAGAAAUCUAAAUAAUUCAAGUGUUCUCUUUCCUAGUCUAGUAUACUUGCAUACCGUCUGUUUUUUAUUUUGUACAGUGUGAUGUCAUUAUCUAUGUCUAGUGCUUUCUCUUGAUCUGUUUGUGGUUUUAUUGUCUUUACUGAAACAUUUUAAAAUGGACUGUAUCCUGUUUCAAGCUAUGUCUACACCAACAUACUACUGUUAGACUGCCUCAGGCUGAGCACAUUCUCAGAUUGAUGGAAGUGUUUGGGGCUUGUGAAGGAAAGUGUUUUGUUUUCCUCAAGCUAUGCUUCAUAUUUCAAAUAAAUAUUAUAAAAAGACA